CGGUCAGGGGUCCGUGAGUGCCGGUCUGGGGUCCGUGAAUGCCGGUCUGGGGUCCGUGAGUGCCGGUUUGGGGUCCGUGAGUGCCGGUGAGGGGUCCGUGAGUGCCGGUCUGGGGUCCGUGAGUGCCGGUGAGGGGUCCGUGAGUGCCGGUCUGGGGUCCGUGAAUGCCGGUGAGGGGUCCGUGAGUGCCGGUGAGGGGUCCGUGAAUGCCGGUCUGGGGUCCGUGAAUGCCGGUCAGGGGUCCGUGAGUGCCGGUGAGGGGUCCGUGAAUGCCGGUCUGGGGUCCGUGAGUGCCGGUCUGGGGUCCGCGGUGCCGCCAGCCCCCGGUGGUCCCGGUGCCGGUGUUCCUCGCCCCCAUCCCCGAGCGGGGCCGGUCCCGCCCCGUUCCGGUGACGGCGCGGGCGGGCCGGAAGCGCGGGGGGGGCGCGGCGGCCCCGCUCCCAUCCCGGUGCUGCCGUCCCGGUGCUGCCGUCCCGGUGCUGCCGUCCCGGUGCUGCCGUCCCGGUGCUCCCGUCCCGGUGCUGCCGUCCCGGUGCUGCCGUCCCGCCCCGGCACCGCCAUGCGCAAGUUCUUCCAGGAGAUCAAGGCCGACCUGAAGUUCAAGACGGCGGGGCCCGGGCAGAAGCUCUCGGAGCCGUCCCGGGCCCCCAAGGAGAAGCCGAAAGCCGAGGUGGCCCCGAAGCCCCGGCAGGCCCCGAGCGAUGAGGCGCAGAGGGCGGCGGCCGCGGCGCUGGCCCGGCUGGAGCUGAAGCCCAAGGCGAAGGCACCGUCCGGCUCGCAGGAGACCAUCAGGAGCCACGUGAGGAAGGAGCUGAUGGCCGACGCAGCUGCCAGCGAGAAGGAGCUCUCCAUGGAGGAGAAGGAGCAGGAGGAGGAAGGGGCAGCUGCUCCCUCUGUAUCAGGGGUUUAUUUCAUCUGCCCCUUGAGCGGUGCAAUUGUGAGGAAAGACCAGAAGGAAAAGCAGCUCCGAGAAGCCAUCCAGGCAUAUUUCUCUGUGGACCCGGUGGCUGCUUCCAUCAUGGAGAUCCACACCUUCAACCGGGACCGGGAGAAGGUGCGGCUGUGCGUGGAGACCAUGGCCAAGUACCUGGAUAACAUCUAUCUCCAUCCAGAGGAGGAGAAAUACCGGAAAAUCAAACUGCAGAACAAGGUGUUCCAGGAAAGGAUAAGCUGCUUGGAAGGGACGCACAAAUUUUUCCAGGCUGUCGGGUUUGAGACAAAAACACUGCCUGUUCCAGGACAAGAGGCCACGGAGGAGUUCUACGUGCUGAAGGAGGAGGUUCUGAGCAGGCUGGAGGAGCUGAAGGACCGCAAGGAGCAGCUGCUGAGCUCGGAGCCCGUGCGGGCGCAGCUGCACCGGCAGCUCACGGUGUUCCAGCCGUCGCCCGCGGCCGCGCGCUUCGAGCUGCCCCACGACUUCUUCAACCUCACUGCGGAGGAGCUCCGGAGGGAGCAGCGGCUCCGGACGGAGGCGGUGGAGAAGGCGGCGAUGCUGAGGACCAGGGCCAUGCGCGAGAAGGAGGAGCAGAGGGAGAUGAGGAAAUACAACUACACCCUGCUCCGGGUGCGCUUUCCCGAUGGAUACAUCCUCCAAGGGACUUUUUAUGCCCGAGAAUCAGUAUCUGUGCUCUACAACUUUGUGAGAGAAGCGCUCAGAGAUGACUGGCUGCCCUUUGAGCUCCUGGGACCCGGAGGUCUCAAACUGACUGACGAGAGCUUGGCCUUCAAUGAAUGUGGGUUGGUGCCCUCGGCCCUGCUGAGCCUGGCCUGGGACGCCGCGCUCAUGGCUGACGUGGAGGCGGCGGCGGAGCAGGAGCAGCGCAGCCCCCUCAGGCCCGAGCUGCUGGCCCGGGCCCAGAGCCUCUCCUGAAAUAAAGGGCCCUGCCUCCCGUGCUGCUGCUGCCUUUACUCGUCCCUCCUUUCCCAGGACUGCUGGAGCUCCCUGAGCUCGGAGGUGGCUUUGGUUUGGCUCUGCGGAGGGGCUGCAGCUCCCUGUGCCCCGCGGCAGCCCCAGAGCCCCGGGCAGCCUCUCCCCAGCCCCGGCUGCUCCCGGGGGCUCCGGGCACCAGAGCGGGGCAGGGGCUGCUGAGGAGCUCCCGAGGAGGUGCUGGAGCAGGGACCUGGAGCAGGGACCUGGAGCAGGGACCUGGAGCAGGGAUCAGGGGCUGUGGGGCUGGUUCAGAACUCGGCUUCCCCUCCUGUGUGCACUGUGACUCUGCUGGAGAGAAGCUCUUGGGAGAAAACUCAGUCUGAUCAAAUGGAAUUGGAUUUAUUCAAGGACUCAGUUCUGAUCCCAGCUGUUUGGGUUGCGUUGUUGUUGUUGUAGGUUUGAGAUGCCAAACCAGUCUGUGCUGGGGCUGGCACUGGUGUGACUGGGAGCAGAGACUGACGGCAGGGAACAGCCACUGGUGGUGAUAACAAACCUCCAGAUACAGACAAUCUUUUAAAGAAAUAAUUCAUAACUCUCCAGUCACACAAAGCUGAAACCCCCAGCGAGUUUCUCUGUGCAGCAUCAAGUUUGAUGCCAGCCCAGUCCUUUAAAACCUCAACCCAAGUUUUCCUGUGGGACAGAGCCCAGCUCUGAUGUGGACAAGAGACAGAAUCCAGCCUUGGCCUGUCCCAAAAUAAGAGAAACAUUUUUCCUUUUCCAAAGGUAAACCCUGCUGCUGUUCUCUGGAGCAAGUAAGACCACAAACAGGAUGGUACAAGAGCAUAAAUUCAUAUAUAAUUGUACAUCAUUUAUACCCAAGGCCACGCUGUACAACAUUAUGAACAGUCAUUCCCCAGUGGCAUCACAAUAAGCUUAUUCCAAAAUCCCUCAGCUACUUUUAGAGAUAACUUAGAUACCUUCCAUUACAAAGAAGUAUCAAAAUUUCAAUAAUGCUUUAUUAAGGACAGAUUAAUAUGCAGUAUUUAAAAAAAAAAAAAAGCUAAAAAGCUAAAACUAAAAAUUUAAGCUUCCAUCAGGUCUGAAGCAGAACAAAGUGCUGUCUUCUCUUUACAAGAAAUGUGGAAUACUUUCAAGUAUCUUGGUCAAAGAUACACAAUGUUUAAAAUUUUCUAGCUCAUUCUACAUACAUACAGAGGAGUUAGUAGGCAUUUAAGUCUCAAAUUGUAUUAGAUGGGCUGACCACGCUGCUGUCCUGGUCAGCAGCUCUCGUGCCACUGGAUUCUGAAGCUGUAGAACCUGCAAAGGAGAGAAUGUGUUGGGUUUGUUUUUAUAAAUAUCCUCAUUAAUCCAGUAGAAUUUGACUGCUUUAUGUUUUAUCUGUGUUAGCUUCCUGCAUCUGUUGUGAGUCUCCUUUUCAACACUAUUUAAAAACUGGUUUUAAUACUGGUUUCGUAUUUAAUAUCACCAAUCCAGAAUAAAAAAAAAAGAAAAAAAAAAUCACUUUUCAACCAUAAAAA